UUCCUGUGUUUUUGGGGCCACGUAUAUCUUCCGUGCUGAGUCCGGGUUUCUCCGAGCGAUUGCAAAUCCCUGCCCUCCCCCUGCAACCAGAAACCGCGACGAACCGCAGAAAAGAUGUCGAGCUCGGUGCUUUCUGUGAUCUCCCGGUUCUUGAAUGAAUACUCCACCUCCACGCCGAAUAAGCUGAAGCUGGUCGACGCUUACUUGCUGUAUAUUUUGCUCACCGGGGCGAUGCAGUUCUUGUACUGCCUCCUGGUCGGCACCUUCCCGUUCAACUCGUUCCUCUCCGGCUUCAUAUCGUGUGUCGGAUGCUUCAUCCUUGGAGUGUGUCUUCGCAUCCAGGUAAACCCCAACAACAAGGGCGAGUUCCUGGGCAUCUCCCCGGAACGGGCGUUUGCCGACUUCCUAUUCGCUCACACAGUCCUGCAUCUGGUGGUCAUCAAUUUCAUUGGCUGAGACCCCUGCCUAGCCACGCCCACUUCACAGGUUCUGAAAAAACAAACAAAACAACAAAAGAACAUCCCAUAAUAUACCAUUGGAGAAGAUGGAUACAAUUAUUUUACAACAAAAAAUAAAUUGUCUAAUUUUUUCAUA